GUUUCACCAACUGUGAGCAGUGCAGAGGGAGUAAGUGAGACUGCAAGGAGUUCUGCUGCGAUAAGAGAGCACCCAGUCUUAAAAACAGUUUAUUUCAAAAGGUGUGCUUUAGGACCCAUUGGGAACCUGCUAUCUGCCCAAUAACGUUCCUGUGAAUGGGAGGGGUAAGCGGAGAGUUCUGCACUUUGAGAGGCUCGCAGUGAGUGAAUGUGGAACAGCCCCUCUGCUGGAACGCUGCCUGGACGCUGGGCCUGGAGCUACAAUGAAGUGUCUUUGUGUGAAGUGAAACAGAUCACAGCAACGGGAUUGUUUGUGUGCAGAUGGGAGGUGAGAUAAUCUUGCACUCAGUCCAUACUUUAACCAGCGAGAGCUGACAGACGACUGAAAAGUUGCUUUCGGAAGAAUCGUUUCAGUCUGUGGUUUGGAUGCCUCGGUGAGGAAGUUUUUAGUACACGUUACCCAUUCGAUGAUUCUGGCACCCUCUUUGCAAGAUGCACAACGUGGUGAGUUGCACUGUAUCCCUGGGAUCUCUGGGAUUGAUGCAGCUCCUGGGAAUUUCCUGGACCUGGAGCAUUGCUGCCAGUUUGGGCAUUUAUCUCGGAACUGGAGGAUGGAGGUUUUUCCGAAUUGUGGUGAAAACUGCCCCUAGAGAUAUCUUUGGGCUGUUCCUGCUGAUGCGUGUUAAGUUAGCGGUGAAGAAACACCAGAAGGAAGACAGCACCAUCCCAAAGAUCUUCCAAGAAACAGUGAGGAAAUACCCGGACAAAGUGGCCCUUAUUUAUGAAGGAGCGGAUGAAAGCUGGACCUUCAAGGAACUCGAUGAGUACUCAAACGCAGUGGGGAACUUCCUCCUCGAGCAGGGCUACCAGCCGGGUGACGUCAUUGCCCUGUUCAUGGAGAGUCGGCCUGAGUUUGUUGGCCUGUGGCUCGGCAUGGCCAAGAUCGGGGUGGAGGCUGCCCUGCUCAACUUUAAUCUUCGUCUGGACCCUCUCACUCACUGUCUGUCUGUGUCAGGAGCCAAAGCCAUCAUCUUUGGAGCAGAGAUGAGUGAUGCUCUGUUGGAAGUGAAUGGAAUCCUGGGAAAAACUGUUCGGAAGUUCUGCAGUGGGAACUGGGACCCCAGUAAAGUUGCCGCUGGGACUGAACAUCUGGACCCGCAGCUCAAUGCGGCGUCUAAAUUCGCCCCCUCUCCCCCUCCUUCAGUAGGAUUCAUGGAUCGUCUGUUUUAUAUCUACACAUCUGGCACCACUGGAAUGCCCAAAGCUGCCAUCGUCGUGCACAGCAGGUAUUAUCGGAUGGCUGCGUUUGCAUAUUACGGAUUCCAGAUGAGACAUGAUGAUGUCAUUUAUGACUGCUUGCCAUUGUAUCACUCAGCAGGUAAUAUUGUCGGUGUGGGGCAGUGUCUGCUGCAUGGCCUGACCGUGGUGAUCAGGAAGAAGUUCUCCGCCUCCCGUUUCUGGGAUGACUGCGUGAAGCACAACUGCACUAUUGUUCAGUACAUCGGUGAGAUCUGCCGCUACCUCCUGAAUCAGCCGACGCGACGUGCUGAGUCCCAACACCGUGUCCGCAUGGCGAUCGGCAACGGGCUGAAGCCCUCGGUCUGGGAGUCCUUCGCCAGCCGCUUCCGCAUCGAGCGGGUGGCUGAGUUCUACGGGGCCACCGAGUGCAACUGUUCCAUCGCUAACCUGGAUGGCAAGGUGGGGGCCUGUGGCUUUAACAGCCGGAUCCUGCCCCAUGUCUACCCCAUCCACCUGGUGAAGGUGAACGAGGACACGCUGGAGUUGAUCCGUGGUCCGGAGGGGCUGUGUGUGCCCUGCAAACCAGGGGAGCCGGGCCAGCUGGUAGGUCGGAUAAACCAACAGGACCCACUCCGCCGCUUCGAUGGCUACGCCAGCAAGUCUGCCACAAAUGAGAAGAUUGCCUACAACGUGUUUAAGAAAGGAGACUGCGCCUACCUGUCAGGUGACGUUCUGGUGAUGGAUGACCUGGGCUACAUGUACUUCAAGGACCGAAGUGGAGACACCUUCAGGUGGCGGGGGGAGAAUGUCUCGACCACGGAGGUGGAGGGCACCCUGAGCCAGCUGUUGAACCUGACUGACGUGGCAGUGUACGGAGUGCCAGUGCCGGGCGUGGAAGGGAAGGCUGGAAUGGCGGCAAUCGCGGAUCCUGACAACAAGGUUAAUCCUGAGCACCUGUACCAGGAGCUGAUGGCGGUGCUUCCUCCUUACGCCAGGCCUGUGUUCCUCCGCAUCCUCCCCGCCGUUGACACCACAAGUACGUUCAAGAUCCAAAAGACCAGGUUACGCAAGCAAGGUUUCGAACCACAUCAAGUGCAAGACAAGCUUUUCUUCCUCGACUCAAAACUGUCCAAGUAUAUCCCGUUAGACAGGAAGGUGUAUGAGAUGAUCCUGGCCGGGAAUUAUCGUCUUUAGAUUAGGAAGCCAAUCCUGGCAUGUUAACAAAAUUAAACACAAAUUACGGUUAAGGUGGGGGAAGAGCUGAGGUAUGAACUGUGCACCGAGCAGGGAAAGGAUCUGCUGUGGACUGAAACAUUAUUUGGUCACUGAUGUUGAAUUCCGGGUCUCUCAGUCACUUUGGAAUUAUUCAGAACCCGGGCUCCGGUCUGCAGUCAGGAGCAGUGCUCCAGGAGCCCGAUCUAAAAUCAGGAAUUCAGAACAUGCAACUGCCUACUGAUACCCAUGGACUGGGAAUCCAGGGGUCGGAUUCAAACAUAGGAAAUCUACAAAUAAGGAAUUGUUGGGCUUCACUCUCUGCUCUGGGACAGUGUCCUAUCAACGUGCCAGCUGCUGGAAGGGGAGACAGGCACGAAAGGCAGCUAUCGCAGACUCCCUGCAGUCACACCAGCUUCCAACCAUCUCCCGCCCUCUGACACCAGCCGUCUUGGUUCAGUCUCCCUUCUUUUUUCCCCUAUUAGUCUAGACUCUCGGUGUACAGUAGUGUUGCAGCCUGUUCCCUGCUUUUCCACAUGGUACUUGUUUGGAUAUUUUUCUGUGUGUAUGUAUGGCUAGGGAUUCCGCAUCCAUGUGUUUUGUGCCUAUGUACUUCUUAAUAUGUGUCCCUAUGCUUGAGGAUUUCUGUGUGUAUGUAUCUAGGGCUCUGUCUUUGGAGUAUCUGUACGGAGGGGGGCUAAUCUCUCUAUCUAUCUAUCUAUCUCUGACUCUCUCUCUCUCUCUCUCUGACACUUUGUCUCUGUCUGUCUCUGUCCUAUCUAUCUCCACCUCUAUCUCUGUCUUUUUUUCUCUCUGUGUGUCUCUCUCUGUGCUUGUGUGAGUGAGUGAGAGACCCUAGAUACCACUUGGUGUGUCUCAAUUUCUUUGUGUGUGUGUGUGUGUGUUUGUGAGUGUGUGUGUGUGUGUUUGUGAAUGUGCACCCUCACUGCUGUUUUGGGAACUUGCUGUGGCUGCUCUCUGGAUCACUGAGAUUCAGCUCAGCAUUCAGGUGAAUGCAGCAGAAGCGAGUUAAUUUACUUGAACUCGGUCCACUUCAAGCACUCGCCCUGGUAUGAGGAACAGAGGUAUCGCUGGGAAAUAAGUUGUUGACUUAUAAGCAGUUUGUCCGGGAUCCUCACUGGUUUGACCCCUGUAUCCAUAUGUCCAUAUCUAGGGUUGCUGUGUGAUGUGGAGUUCUGGGGCAUUCUUUCUGCCCUCUGCCCCACCCCCCAACCCUCAAACCAGAGACUCUCCCAACACAAAGCAAAGGGCUGACUCAGUGACUGAAGGACUAGCAUUGAGGGGUAAUGCAGGGAGCUCCUGAACGUUGGUUCAGACUCAGCACAGCUCAGGCUCAGGCACCUCUGAAACACCGACCAUCCUACUCUGCGCUGACGGCCAUCUUUCUGCUCAGGCACAAUCUCAAGUGUGCUCCAGCGCAGCUCUGCCCUUCUCACUCUGGCCCCAGGACAGCCCAUCUCCCACUGAGACCCCCACUGCCCAGUAUGAGUAUGCCGUGCUGGCAAAACGGGAACCCCUGUCUGAUCCUUCCCCACACCCUCCUCCAUUUGCCACUCUCAAGGGCAUAAGGAAGAGCCUUCAUUUAGAGUGUAUAGUUAGGCACUCCUCAGCAAUCGAACACCUGCAUCCAGACGGAAUUCAUUCAGUGGAGCUGAAUGAGUCAUUCUUAGGAAAGACUGCCACCAAGAACUGGUAAGUUUAUUCUUAAUGCUUCCUGCAGCCCAGCUCAAGAGGAAGAAGGGAGUUUUCUCCACAUACAGAAUGUGAUCUCUACUUCAAGGAAUAUUUAAAAACUCAUAGGAAUUAUUCAUGUUAUGUUUGAAUCUAUUCACUAUUGGAAAUUGAUUAAAGAGAGCCUUGACAAUUUGGCCGGGAGCUAGCCUCAACAAAAACACUCUCCUCUCCGGACGUCAUUGUCAGAAGCACAAGUUUAAUGUUUAGCUGCAAGAAUGUGUCCAAGGCACUCUAUUGCCGAACAAGAAUGGAUAUUCUGACCAAGCAUGGGUAUACGUUGGGAAACUAAUCUUCAUUGAAACUGGCAUAAGUGAAGGUUGAUAGAAUAUGAUUGAUUUCACUAGAUUGUAACAAUUUACCUCUUUUUCUUUGAAGGACUGAUAUGUCUUGAGAAUCAGUUUUCUUCACUGGAUUUAACCAGCCCAGCCACUCACUACGGUCUACUUAUCAAUCGGUAGUACAGUAGUGCAUAUUGUAUCUUUGUUGAAGUAUGAUUAAACAUUGUGUGCCUUAAAUGCUGCCUGUGUGUAUGUGUGUGUGUGUGAGAGAGGGAGGGAGAGAGGAGUAGUACAAACCUUACUGAAACAUCAGCUGAAAUCUGGUACAGAAAUUCAUACUCGACUGCUGUAAUGUUGAUAUAUGCGUAUAGAUUAGCACAGACAAGAGAACUCCGGUUUGCUUUUCGAAAAGAUUACUUAACAUAUUAAUUAUAAUUUAAUUUAAUUUUUAUAUUUUUACUUCAGAGAUUCAGCACAGUAACGGGUCCUUCUGGCCCAACGAGUCCAUACCAUCCAAUUACACCCAUGUGACCAGUUAACCUACAUACAUACCCCUAUGUUUUUGGAAUGUGCAGGGAAACUGGAGCAUCUGGAGGAAACGAUCGCAGUCCCAUGCAAGCUCCUUACAGAAAGCAGCGGGUAUUGAACCCGGGUCAUCGCACUGUCGUAGUGUUAUGCUAACCAAUAUUCAACCGCGCCACGACUUGAGAGUUUGAUGAGUGGACCUGAGAGAGAUCCAUAAGAUCAUGAAGGGGCAUCGACAGGGUGAAAGCUCCCAGGGAGAGGGCUACUAAGCACAAGAAGAAAUAGGUUCACGAUCAGAAGUGAGGGAUUUGAAAGGGACAUCGGGGCAUCUUUUUCACCCAGUGUUUGAAACAAGCUGCUGGAAAUAGCUUGAGGUGGGCUCAUUAGCAACGUUUAAAAGCUAGCAGGACAGGAGAGGUUUAGAGGACAAUGAUCAAAAUGCGGUAAAUAGGACGAGCAGCGUAGUUGGCGCAGACAAGCGAUGCUGUAACUUACUAUGGCUCAAGCCUGUACUCCAUGCAGUUAGGUAGGAUGAGGAGAAAUCUUAUUGAAACCCAGCAGGCAUUGAGAAGUCUGGAUAGGUAGACGUGGAGAGGAUGGUUCCAUUAGUAGGAGAGAUUAGGAUCUGAGAGCAUCGCCUCAGAAUAAAGGGAAGCCAGUUUAAAACUGAAAUGAGGAAUUUCUUAAGACACGGUGGUGAAGCUGUGGAAUUCGUUGCCACAGAGGCCAAUAGAGCUAAUCAUUGCUUGCAUUUAAGGCAGAAAACAGGUUCUUGAUUGGUAAGGGAUUAAUGGUUACAGGGAGAAUUGAGGGAUUCUGUUUUUAAAAAACAGCUAUGAUUGAAUGGUAGAACAGAACCAAUAGGCUGAUUUUGCUCCAUAAAUGCAGGAGAUAUUUCAUGGCCAUAUGAAAUUGUUGUAUGGGAUCUUGGUGUCCUAACAGAGCUUUGGUUAAAUGCCUGAUGUGGAAUGGCAUUAAAGAGACCCUUUAAGAUCUUGUCAGUAACACAUCAGUCAAGCCAAAGGGAGUCAAAAUCAGGUUUAUUAUCACUGUCCUGUUGACCUUCAUAAAUCAGGGCAUUGAGAGCAGUUGAAAUGUUACGUUGGAGUUGUGUAAGAUGCUGGUGAAGCCAAAUUUAGAGUAUUUAGAACAACAGUAUUGUGUGCAGUUCUGGCCAUCUACCGAAGAGAAAAUACCAAUAAGCUUGAAGGAGUGCAGAGAAAAUUUACAAGGAUGUUGCUGGGUCUGGAGGACCCGAGUUAUUUGGAAAGAUUGAAUAAAGUAAGAAUUUAUUCCUUGGAACAUAGAAGAUUGAGGGAAGAUUUGAUAGAAGUAUACAAAAUAUUGAAGGGUAUAGAUAGGGUAAAUGCAUGCAGGCUUUUUCCAUUGAUGUUGGGUGGGAUUACAACUAAAGGUCAUGGGUUAAGGGUGAAGGGUGAAAGGUUUAAAGGAAACGUGAGGAGUCUUCACUCAGAGGGUCUUGAGAGUGUGGAACGAGCUACCAGCGCAACUGGAGUAUGUAGGUUCAAUUUUAAUAUUUGAGAAGUUUGGAUAGGUACACGGAUGGUAGGGGUAUAGGGCGCUAUGGUCCCAGUGCGGAUCAAUGGAAUAGCAGUUUAAAUUAUUCAGCAUGGUCUAGAUGGGCCAAAGGGCUUGUUUCUGUCCUGUACUUUUCAUAAUUCUAUGACUAAGGGUAUGCCUUUAUCCCAGGAGCACAGGAGAAUGAGGGGUAAUCUUACAGAAAAUAUACAAAAUUUUAAGAAAUAUAGAUAGGAUCAAAGCAUGCAGGCUUUUCACUGAGAUUCAGUGAGACGACAGUUAGAGGUCAUAGGGUUAGAGAGAAAGGUGAAGUGUUUAUGUAGAAUCUCAGGGGAAACUUCAGUUAGAGGGUACCUUGAAUGUGGAUUGAGCUGUCAGCAGAAGUGGUAAAGGCAGAUUCAAUUGUAACAUUGAAGAGAAGUUUGGAUAGGUACAGGGAUGUGAGAGGUAUGGAGUGCUGUGGUCGAGGUUCAGGUAGAUGGAAAUGGGCAGAAAGCCAGGCCAGUGUGGACUAGAUGGCCAAAGGGCCUGUUUCUGUACUGUCGUGUUCUAUGACGUGAGAUCUGUUGUGGCAGCAAUACAGUGCAGAUAUAAAUUCCAAAAUAAACAAAGUAGUGCUAAUUAAAAGGAAUAAUGAAUUAGUGUUCAUGGGUUCAUGGACUAUUCAGAAAGAAAACUGGUUUACUUAACAAUCUUUGGCAAAAAAAAUCUCAGUAUCCUCCCACUCUAUAUCUGCCUCAUUGCCAAGCACUAUUGGAGUCAGGUGAGCCCAUCCACGUGGAAGUUUCAUAACUGAAAUAAAACCCUAUUGUAGUGCAAUCGAGACACCUUGAAGUAAAUGAACUUCAGUUUGCAGCAAAUUGCGAACUCUGUCUGUGGCUGAAAAGCUCUGGAAAACUCUUGUGGAGUUUGGGGAAGUUGGAAUUGUACUUCAGAGUCAUCCUGAGUGCUUUCAGUCCCUGUCUUCACCAAUUCAGCUGUAAGAGCCGGGAUGAAUUCCCGCUGCUGUCAGUAAGGAGUUUGAACAUUCUCCCUGUGACCAUGUGGAUUUCAUACGUGUGCUCCAGUUUCUUCCCACAUUCCAAGGACAUACAGUUAAGCUUGGUAAGUUAUGGACAUGCUAUGUUGGUGACACUUGUGGGCUGCCGAGCAGAAUGCUCAAUGAUUCGAUGUGACGCAAAGCGAUGAAUUUCACUGUGUUUAGAUGUACAUGUGACAAA